AAUUAUUGUUCCAGAAACAUAAUGCCGAAAUGUGAUAGUUUCACGAAAUAUAUACCUGCUACAUUUGCCUGGGUAUUGCUGUUAGGAACAACGACGUUGUUCUUCUAUUUCCCGGGUGGCUCCUACCUCAAUAUUAAGUCUGCAUUACCACCCUGAUGAUGGAGGCAGCAAGCACCACUUACUCUGCUAAACUUCUGCAAGACUACAUUGUACAACAUCUCAGAAGACAAGUCACCUUAGUGUGGAGUUUGACCAUCUCAGAAUAAUAAAAUUUGUCAGAAAUGUUGUUAUUAUUACAUAUCAUAUCCAUGGGUUCCAGCCUACCAAGGUGUAAUCACAUUGUUUGUGAUUGCCAACUUUACACUGGCUACAUUUAUGGAUCCAGGAAUAAUUCCAAGAGCUUCCCCAGAAGAGGACAGGGAGGAUGAUUUUCGAGCACCACUUUAUAAGAAUGUAGAAAUCAAUGGUAUUACUGUACGAAUGAAAUGGUGUGUUACAUGCCAGUUUUACCGACCACCGCGCUGCUCUCACUGUAGUGUCUGCAAUGUUUGUAUUGAGACGUUUGACCACCAUUGCCCAUGGGUGAACAAUUGUAUUGGACGCCGCAACUACCGCUUCUUUUUUAUGUUUCUGAUUUCUCUGAGCAUUCACAUCACAAGCAUUUUUACGCUCUGCCUUGUGUAUGUGCUUUAUCACAGGGAGGAACUGACUGAAGUGAACACAAUCAUAGCUAUGGUUAUAAUUGGAAUAAUAGUAUUGCUUGUUAUACCAAUUUAUGGUCUUACUGGUUUCCACAUUGUUCUGGUGUCAAGAGGUCGUACUACAAAUGAGCAAGUUACUGGAAAGUUUAAAGGUGGUUAUAAUCCAUUCUCUCGAGGAUGUCCUCGUAACUGCUGUUACAUUUUAUGUGGACCACAGUAUCCCAGUCUGUUGAAGGCGAGUAAGUACGUGGGAAAGCCGAAACGGUACCCCUUGUCAGCCUCUGCAAUUUCAACCAUUACCAAUGAAAACCAGGUAAAAACCUACAUGGAUAACAGCAAUGGGGUUAGAAAUGCCAGUUCGAAUGCUUACAAUAAGCUCUCACCUGGUCGAGGGGAGGGUUCUGAUACAGACAUGGAACCUACAGCAUCACAGUCCCAAGACUGUGAGCCUACUCCUCCACUUCAGCGUCAUGGAUCCAAAAGCAACUUCUUCCUGCCUCCUGUUGAAGGGGGUGAUUCCCCUCGCAAACCAGGCCAUCCUCAACAACAGCAACAGAUGCGAGGUCCAUUUGCCCGUGGCAGUCCACAUCCCAGGCCAAGGGGUAUGGAAGUGUCUCAAUCUCGAAGCCACACACCCGAUCCAUUGUCACCAGACCAGCAGCAAGUCCAGUCACCAGCCCCAAGAGGGCCUGGACCAAGUCCCACAAUGCAGCAGCGAAUAAAAGCUAUUGGUGUGCCAACUCCUCUUGCCAUGUCAAGCCCUGUCCGCAGGUCAAACCCGGGUACUCCAACGCAGCCCCGUCGUCCAGACUUUAUUGGAGUUGGGGGUAUAGUAGGUGGUCCCCCUUCCUACUAUGACUUCCAGCUUCAACAACAGCACAUGGGGAGCUCUCAUCCACAUCAUGGAGCUCAACCUCAUGGAUCUGGUGGACGGAUUGCACCAGGAGGAACGUACGGCAGUCCUCAGAGGCGAUUUCUGUCGGAGGGAGAGUUGGUACGACAAGGUGGAUCAGGAGGUGAACUAGCAUAUUCACGAACCAACAACACAGUGGACAAUAUACGUGAGUUAGCAGGUUCCCCACAGCGGGGAGUGUAUAUGUGGAAAGAUACAUCUCCAGGUGCGUAUGUCAGUGGAGGGAAUGGUGUAGCUGGGCCUGUACAUCACCACCAGCAGUUGUCCACACAGCAUCAGCGAACAGGUGUCUAUGACUAUUACAGAUCCAACCCAACAAGUCCCACACAACAACAACAACAACAACAACAACAGCAGCAGCAACAGUUAUAUGGACAAAGACCCUCUGCAUCAUCAUAUUAUCCUCCAGUGAGGGGUGGUGUACCUGUAUAUCCUCCCCCUCAGUCUCCACAGAUAAAACGCAAGACCAUGGCCACUCCUACGACUCCAACAUCAACAACUAUGAUGUCUUCUUGUGAUGGUGGACGUCGACCCAGUCCAGGUUCCAGGAGACCCAUGUCAUUUGUGCGCGCAUUAGAAAUGACAGACUCAAUGGAACUUACUUCUGCUUCUCCUGGAACUCCUCGCACAGAACAUCGUGGACUUGUGGCUGUUGGUGGCCCAAUGGGGGGAACACCUACAUCCAUGGUGCAGGAUCCUCAUCGCAGCUCAACACCCACUCCUGACCGUGCAAGUGUGUAUGAUAUGAACUAUGAAAUUUCAGUAUAGGGAAGGCUGGGUCCAGUGGGGACACAGGGCUACAGUGUGGGUUAUGGGUACGGGUACUCUCGAAACAGAACAUUGCCACACCGCAGACAGACUACCUACAGCUAUCUGGGAGGAGCCAGGACUUUCCCUAUGGCACGCAGAGGAUAUAACAGGCCACUACCCUACUGAAAUUGCAAUUGCUCUUAUUUAUAUGGAAAGUGUAUGAGGGUGUUAUAGUUACAGCCUUCCAAAUUCCUGUUGGUGUUUUACAUAAUCAACAAAAGAGACUACAGGGGAAAGACAUUGUAAUGUGAUGCUUCCCUAAACAGUUUUGACAUGGAAGGAAGAGUUCUUCCUUUUAAUGACUUGAGAAUAAUCUCUUCAUAGCAUUUUUAUAAAAUAUGUUGUACAAAGGACUGCAGUUGGUAGUGAUUUCAAAAUAAAGUAACUUUUAGUUUGAAGAUGACUGUUUUCUGGAAUAUUGCAGUAUGUAGUCUAGUAGAAACUGGCAUAUUUCAGAGGUGCUUACUGCCUGCAUCAUCAGUGCCCUGUAUAACAUCCCAGAAGACAGUCAUUUUCAUACUCAUCACCAUGAGAACCUGAAAUUUUAACUAUUAAUUUUGUCAUGUUAGAAUGUUGUACUGUUGUGUGGAUGUCAGUGAAAGUCCAUAGGUUUGCAGUUUUGUUUAUGUAUACUUUUUAAGAGAUGAAAGUACUGCAAGGAAGUAGUAACAUGUUUUCAAAAUAUGUGCACAGACAUAAUGGAAUAUUUUAUAUAAUUUCAGAAUCAGAACUAUUUUGGAAGUUGUUUAAUUCAUCAUUGUGCCAUUUACUAACAGAUCAGGCCAGCAGAAUGUAUAUGAAGCUAACAUAUAGUUAUUCUCUCAAUUACCUUUUAAUCCUUUCAGAAUAAAUUGUAAUAUUUGUUAUAUGAUUUGCCAUUAAACAAACUUCAUAAAUCACUUUCUAAACAGUAAAGUAUCACUUAUAUUCAAAAACUAUUGAGUUCUACCUCUUUGUAUACCCACAAACAUGGCAUUAACCUUCAGCAGAUACAUUCAACCAGAACUUCACUACACCAUUUGUUUCAGGCUUACAGUACUUAAUAAACACAAAGUGACUUAGUUUGGAAUACAGGGAGUAACAUCAGAUGUAUUGUGGACACAAUUUGGAAUUUGCCAUCUUGGUAUGACUUGAAGUUUUGAACUAAAUACCAAAAUGAUUGUCUUGCCCUUUUUCUGCUUGACAUUCUCCAUUUAACUGAAAAUACAUGUAACGUCAAUUAUAAUGCAGUAAGUACAAAAUAUUACUGUUAGCUGUAGCGGUCUUGAAG